AUGGACAGAGAACAGAUGAUAGCCCAGCACAAUGCUAUUAAAUCCAAUCUCCGAACCCUCACCGACGCUGUGGAAGCGUAUUCUUCCACAUUUGAGAAGAAUAUCUCAUCCGAUGACCUCGAAGCAGUCGGCCAAAUCUCUCAGUGUCAAGUCGCGAUGGUUGAGAACGUGAAACAGAUGCAGAGCGCCAUCUACGGACCCUUGAAUAUGGUUAUGUUGCAUUACGAAGAGUGCCUCCGUUCAAGCUCAGUUAGAACACUGCUGGAGAUGGGCGUUUUUGAUGCCUUGCCGGUCGAUGGGAGUGGGAUGUCAGCGCCGGAACUGGCUAAGAAGCUAGGGGUUGAUGAAAAUCUUCUCGUGCGCCUGAUGCGUGUAGUCGUACCUACAUUCUUCGAGGAACCACAGCCAGAAGUGUACACGCACACGGCAAAUUCGAAGGUCUAUUUGGACGGUCCCUUGCGAGCCAACUUUAAAAUGAUGUUUGACGAGAUUUGCGUCGCCAGCACUAGAAUGCCCGACUUCUUCAAGAAAAAUGGGUAUCUCAAUCCCAUCUCACGGAGCAACAAUCCUUAUACCUUUGCACACGAUACUCACGGCUUGUCAAUGUUCGAGUUCCUUCUUCAGCAUCCAGAUCGAUUCAACAACUUCAACGAUGCAAUGCAGGCUCGUUCUUCCCAAACCUCCCUUCCCUACAGCCUAUUCCCUUUCAAAUCAAAGUUUGGUGAGGUGGAUACUACCAAUGAGACUGUUCUGCUGGUAGAUGUCGGGAGCGGCAUAGGCCAGGCCACGCUUGCAAUCCGAGAGGCUUGUGCAGAGAUCAAGGGCAAAAUGGUGAUGCAAGAUCAGAAACAGGUGAUUGACGGGAUUGCAACUCCAUUGCCUCCGGGUGUAGAGGCUAUGGCACAUGACUUCUUCAAGCCGCAACCGGUCCAAGGCGCUCUCUUUUAUUACAUUCAUCGCUGCCUGCAUGACUGGCCGGAUUCAGAUUGUCUUGUAAUUCUGCAACAUCUCGCAGCUGCAAUGUCACCCAAUGUAUCGCGCCUUCUGAUAUCCGAAAUUGAGUGA